AUGGCGCCGGUAAAACGCGCAGCGCCCUACGACAGCGACGACGAGAGCGACGCCGACCAGGACCGCGCCAGACACUCAUCCACACCCUACGGUUCAGAACCAAAGCGACGGAGAACUAGUGACAAGUCUUCCACCGCGCAGGAUCCCGAUGCCUCCAGCAGUGUUAAUGAAGCAAGCACUCCGCCCUCAGAUUUUGGCUCCGACAAUGAUGAAGAGGAUGGUGAGGCUGAGUUGGCUGCGACCCAGGCCAUCGAAGACAGAAAGACCUCGAGAGGAGACCAGAAUAACGAGCCUGCGCUCCAUGGCAUCUUGGAGGAAGUCAAAGUGACCAAUUUCAUGUGCCACGAAGAGUACGAGUUCCACCUGGGACCGUUGAUCAAUUUCAUCACUGGAAAGAACGGCAGUGGCAAGAGUGCGAUAUUGACUGCAAUUGUCCUCUGUCUUGGAGGUAAAGCCUCCGCUACAAAUCGUGGUGCCCGACUCGCGAACUUCAUCAAGGAGGGGAAAGAUCAUGCGACCAUCAUAUGCAAGAUCAAGAACCAGGGUGACUCAGCUUAUAUGCCUGAUGUGUAUGGAAAGUCAAUACAAGUCGAGCGGCACAUCUCACGAACCGGUGCUAGUAGCUUUAAAUUGAAGUCGGAAAAAGGGCGUACCAUUUCAACCAGGAAAGCUGACCUAGAGGAGAUCUGCGAUCACAUGAUUUUGCAGAUGGAAAAUCCUAUGACUGUUCUGUCCCAAGACCAGGCACGACAAUUCAUCUCGUCAUCCAGCGCGGGGGAAAAGUACAAGCUCUUCAUGAAAGGUGUGCACCUUGAACAACUUGACCAAGAUUACCGGAUCAUCGAGGAGCAACAAGAAAAUAUACAUGCAAAGAUCGAGGCGAUCCGCCCGGAUCUGAAAGAUUUGCAAAAAAGACAUGAAAGUGCAAAGAACAAGCAGGAACUGUCACGCAAGUAUGACAGUAUGCUCGAUAAAUUGCGUGACUAUCGUCGACAGCUUGCCUGGGCUCAAGUGGCAGCCAAAGAAUCUCUGAGAGAAGACUAUCUCCAGCAAAUCCGAGAAGCCGACACCAAGAUUCAGGAAGCGGAGGCCAAAGUCGGUCAGCUCGAUCAGUUGUUCCAGCGAUCCGAUCAAGCUGCGUCCGCUGCAGUUGGAGCCUAUAACGAUGCUGUAGCCGUCGUUGAUCGGCUGCAAGACGAAAAGGCCGAGGCAAAAGCACAGCAGGAUGAGAUAAAGAAGGAUACCCAUGAUGCUCACGCCGAGCAACGGAGUAUUCGCUCGGAGCUGCAAACGGCCGACGAAACGAUACGCGCCAAGACACAAGCAAUCGAACAGGAGGAGCAAAGACUUGCUGAACUCAAUGGCGGUGGUGCCGCAAGGCGCAUUGCAGAGCUUCACAGAGCCCGCGAAGCCCUCAAGGAAGCAAAACAAGCGGAACUGGAUCAUGAAAGAGAACGAAGGGAGCGAGAGGCAGAAAUUGAGCGCUUGGAGACUCUCGAGACAACCGCACAAGAAGCAAUCGCAAGCCAUCAGGAGCGAAUCAGGCAACAGAAGAACAACCUCCAGCAAAUGAACCACAAUCGUGCUAAUGCUGACGUCGCGUUUCACCCUAACAUGCCAACGCUGCUCAAGGCUCUGGCGACAGAUACAGGUUUUCAAGAGCGGCCCAUUGGGCCUCUUGGUAAGCACGUUAAGCUUCUCAAACCCGAGUGGUCGUCGAUUAUUGAAAAGUCUUUUGGCAAUACUCUUAAUGCCUUCAUUGUGACCAACAAGCGUGACGAAAAGCGGCUCAGCGAGCUUAUGCGACGCGCUAAGGUGCAGACUCCGAUAUUCAUGAUCAACAAUCAGCACCCGAUGAACAUUGCUGCCCACGAGCCUGAUCCGCGCUUUGAUACAGUGUUGAGAGUUUUAGAGAUUGACAACGAACUUGUGAAGAGACAACUAGUCAUUGCUCAUCACAUUGAACAGAGUAUUUUGAUUGCGGACAUGUCUGAGGCCUCUGAGGCAUUGUUUGGAGGACGACCGCUCGAGAAAGUAAAGCGGUGCUACUGCUUCAGCGCAGGCAGUCGCCUUCGCGGCGCAUGUCUAUUUUAUCGUGGCUCACAAGCAGCGCAAGACCCGGUGCACGAAUAUCUCGGUACUCCUCGGACGAAGACCGACAUCGAAGAAUCUAUCCGAAGGCAACAAGAGCUCAUUGCAGAAAUGAGUGAGCAGCUGCGCCGACUGGAAGAAGAAUACCGAGCUGCCCGUGAUCGCCAUUUAAGAGCACGGCAAGCGCUUCAGCACCACAACAGGGCAUCAAGAGAUCUAAAGAUUGCUGCGCAGAAAGCUGAUGAUGAGGUCGAUCGACUGAAUGAGGAGAUCAAGCAGGACAAUGCCGAAGGGGGCAGCUUGGAAGUUCUGCGCGAAACAUUGCGAGAGGCCGAGGAACAGAAAACGGUCCAUGAAAGCUCUUUCCAGGACUCAGUAAACAAUCUUGAUAGCUUAAAGGCUAAGCUCCGGAAUGCCACUCGACAGUUGGCUGUUUUAGACGGUCGUAUUGCAGAGGCUCAAGAAGCUGCAGACGAAUUGCAGCGUCGGGCGCAAGAGGCCGAUAAGAAACGUGCAUUUGAUCAGCGUGAGAAACAGCAGGCCGAGUCUCGAGUCCAGGAUGGCAUAGGAGAUCGCGAAAAGUUGAUGAGCAACCUGGCAGACUUGGACGAAACAAUUGCCGCCUUCACGGAACAGGCCCGGCUGGUUUCGGAGAGAGUCAACAUUCCUGAAGGCGAAACCUUCGAGAGUCUUGACAAACGCUACAAGCGAUUACACGAAGACUAUCGCAAAUAUCACGAUCGGAUUGGAGAUCGAGAGCAAAUCGCUGCCGAGGCUACCAGAUGCAAAAAAGCAUUUGACACUGCGCAAAGGGAAUUGCAGAGUCUCGAGAAUCUGCGAGACAAGCUUCAAGAAACAAUGCAACAGCGUAAAGAGCGCUGGAAGUUGUUCCGAAGCUACAUCUCAGCCCAUGCGAAGGCCCAAUUCGGUUUCAUGCUGAGCGAAAGAGGCUUCCGGGGCAGACUGAUCAUGGACCAUCAUCAGAAGCUGAUGGAUUUGAAGGUUGAACCCGACAUCACAAGGCGUGAUGGUUCAGGAAGAAGCGCCCGGACCUUGUCGGGAGGCGAAAAGUCCUUUUCACAGAUCUGCUUACUGCUUGCGAUAUGGGAGGCAAUGGGGGCACCAAUCCGGUGUUUGGAUGAGUUCGAUGUUUUCAUGGAUGCAGUAAAUCGAAGCAUCAGUGUGAACUUACUCAUCGAAGGUGCGCGGCAGAGUAUUGGACGACAAUUUAUCUUGAUCAGCCCUGGAUCGAAAUCAGACAUUCCGAGAGCUCCAGAUGUCAAAGUCAAUGAGUAA